UUGGGACAUUGUGAAUAUGGCGGCUGCCUUGGAAAAUGAAUUGGGAUUAGAUAACGAAGAUUAUUAUUCUCUGCUCAAUGUCAGGAGAGAGGCUACUCAAGACGAGUUGAAGUCAUCGUACAGGCGUCUUUGUAUGCUGUACCACCCUGACAAGCACAGAGACCCCGAGCUAAAGAGGCAGGCUGAACAACUCUUCACUUAUGUACACCAGGCAUAUGAGGUUCUCAGUGACCCACAAUCACGAGCCAUAUAUGACAUAUUUGGGAAAAAAGGCCUAGAGGUGGAAGGUUGGGAGGUGGUGGAGAGGAAAAGAACCCCAGCAGAGAUCAGGGAGGAAUAUGAACGUUUACAGAGGGAGAGAGAUGAGAGGAGACUCCAGCAGAGAACAAACCCUAAGGAGGUUGCUAACAAGAGGCUAAAUGGGACUUCAGAGGCUGUCUGGGACAUUAAACAUCACGCUGAUUUGCUGAACAGGAAAACUCAUUUACUCACCAGUCCACUUUCACAGCCUCAUUGUGUUUUUAAUUGCACUCUUAUGACCACCAGCAUAGUCAGGGACACCAAAACAAGCCACUUCACUCUGGCCCUGCAGCUGGGCGUUCCUCACUCCUACCUGAUGAUGAGCUAUCAGUACAAAUUCCAGGAUGAAGACCAGACUAAGGUCAAAGGUUCCAUCAAGACUGGGUUCUUUGGCACCUUGGUUGAAUAUGGUGCAGAGCGCAAGAUUAGUCGCCACAGUGUUGUGGCUGCAACCGUCAGCAUUGGUGUACCCCAAGGAGUCUCCCUCAAAAUCAGGUUGAACAGAGCCAGCCAAACCUACCUCUUCCCUAUUCACCUAACCGACCAGAUUUUACCCAGUGCUGUGUUUUAUGCCACUGUGGGCCCGCUGGCCAUCUACUUAGCUGUUCAGAAGCUUAUUAUUAUGCCUUAUGUACGAGCCCAGAAGGAACAGGAGUUGGAGAAACAGAAGGAGGUUUCUGCUUCAGAAAUUGCUCGCAGGAAGCAAGAGGCUGAAGCUGCUGUUUUGCUGAUGCAAGAGUCAGUGAAGAGAAUUAUUGAUGCUGAGGAAUCUAAAAUGGGUCUCAUCAUUCUAAAUGCUUGGUAUGGCAAAUUUGUGUCCGACAAUAGUCAGAAACACGAGAGUGCGAAGGUCAUUGAUGUAACCGUCCCGCUCCAGUGCUUAGUGAAAGACUCCAAACUCAUUCUUACUGAAGCAUCAAAGGCUGGCUUGCCAGGGUUUUAUGACCCCUGUGUCGGAGAGGAAAAGAGCCUAAAGCUGCUGUACCAAUUCAGAGGAGCCAUGCACCAAGUCUUGUCCGGAGACACAGAGCCUCUUAAGAUACCCAAACAAUGUCAUAGAAUUGAUUCAGAGGCAUAGGAGUCUACCACACACUGGAAGAAAGAGCUCAAUUGACAUCAAGCGAUCCGAAGGGCUGCUCCUCUUCAUUUCAUGUAGUCACCCAUGUAUCACCUUUGUGUUAUCCGUUUAUCUCAAAUCCCUGACAUAUAUCGUCAAUGGGUCGAUCACGUCCGAACAUCUCCUUAAGAUCUGGAUGUGAGAGGAGGUCAGAUGUCAUAUCAUAUCACUCCAUCCAUUAAUCUUAAUCAAUGUUAAUACUACAACUGGAAAGUAUGGCAAUAAAAGCUCCUAACAAAACUGUACUUGAAAAGUAUGGUUCAAACUGUAAUGAAGUGCUGUACAACUGCUGGUUUCAUAGGAUGUGUUGAUAUCGACGGAUGUUUUCGUAUGUUUGUACACUAGGCUUAAGAACGGGAAAUCUUAUGCUCACCCUGCCUCCAAAAUCACGAAUGUAGAAGCUGCUUUUUAGUAGACCAAUCUGUUGUGACCAGAAGAUCAUGAUUUCAUUUUCCUCUGGGAGAAGUGUUAUUUGGAUUGCAUUCAUCACGUUAAGAAUAUACAGUAAAGUACGGUUUUUGUAUUUUAAGGUGAAUCUCAAAAGAAAUGUUUGGGUCAUAUUUUGCCUGAGAA